CCCCACUACCGCUGGACUAACCAAUGAACAAGCACUUUGCGAUCGCUGGUCGCGUGAGACGUGUAUAUAAGGGGAUGUCUUGAACUCGACGGUCCAUUCGUACUCGACAGCCUGUGUGAUACGUACUUUUGAUUUAGUUAAUUACUGACGAUGGCGAGAACCAAGCAGACCGCUCGUAAAUCUACUGGAGGCAAGGCUCCUCGCAAGCAAUUGGCGACAAAGGCCGCUCGUAAGAGUGCGCCUGCAACCGGUGGUGUAAAGAAGCCGCAUCGUUACCGUCCUGGAACCGUGGCUCUUCGCGAAAUUCGUCGCUACCAGAAGAGCACGGAACUGUUGAUUCGCAAAUUGCCGUUCCAGCGAUUGGUUCGUGAGAUCGCACAAGAUUUCAAGACCGACCUUCGCUUCCAGAGUUCUGCCGUAAUGGCCCUUCAGGAAGCAAGCGAGGCUUACCUCGUAGGAUUGUUUGAAGACACCAAUCUUUGUGCCAUUCAUGCCAAGAGGGUUACCAUCAUGCCCAAGGACAUCCAGUUGGCUCGUCGAAUCCGUGGAGAACGUGCUUAAAUUGCCUCGAAUUUUCAAACGGCCCUUUUCAGGGCCAAAAUUAUUCUUACGAGGAACAUUUGUCGUAGCGUUGAUAUCAAAAUCAAAUCCCGAAAAUCCUAGUCCUAUUUGCAAAAAAUUCUACCAAGUAACAAAUAACUUGAUAGCAUCAAGAAGCACGGUAGUACUUCGCGUCAAGUAUUAUAUUCGUCGCUCAACCUAACCUAACACUGAGUCGAGAACAUGAUUGAUACGUAUCUUCAGGUGUUUACAGAUAAAUAUGUAGAUAACAUAUAGAUAAAUAUCAAACUGUUUAUUCUCAGGUUGAAUUAAGUAGAAUGUUCGAAAUCUAAAACCGAGCAAAAGUACGUUACAAUUCCUAACGAUCAUACCACAUGAAUUUGAACGUUUGUUCGUUUUAACUGUUCAUUUAACUAGUGAUCGUACUAGACACACUUUCUGAAAAUGAGACGCACUCUUGAGAGACAUUCUGCAGAGCUCAGAAUAUAUAGUUACAACGUUUAUUUCCGAGCCACCACAGGUAAAAAAAUAGCUCAAACAUUCCGUAUAUACAAGUGCGCAGAGGCAAAUACAGCCAACGGUCGUGCUGCCGCAUAACCUCAAACAAAACGCAUUCUUUCCUCAAAGAUAAGAUCUACAUAUUAUCUUCAGCAUAUGUUGCUGAGAAUUCCCAUAAUUUAAACGACAGUAGACACUAGUCAUCCAUACGACGUUAUCGUUAUCUCAAUUUAUCUCUUACAAACGAAACAAGGACGUGAAGUCAAUAACACACGGUUAUCCAUUCGAUAAAUUCCAUUAUAUUAUUAACGACUAAUAUACGACGCACAAUUCGUCCGGCGCGCGUUCGUCAUGCGGUCGAGUGACGAAUGUUCAACAUCGUCGCCGGCUUUGCAUCAUCUGUUCGUCGUGCUAUAACGUCGCAUUUUUUUGGCAACGAGCUGACGAAAGACAGCCGUCGGUCGAAAGAAACGCGCAGAGCGACGCGAGUCUACAGGCGGAAUCUGCUCCGUUCCUGCGGCCUCCUCACUCGCAUCUUCCAGCUUCAGAGAUCACGUUUUUUCUGCGCGGUUCACGGUUUCUCCAUGCACGGUCACGACCAUCUCACCGAAUUCGAUA